CCCCAGCUAGAUGUUGCCAAUGAGGCGGGGGAGAGCAAGCACCAUCCACUUGCUCGCUUUGCACGCUCCAGGUCACAAAAUGCACUAUGCACUCCUGUCACAACCUGCACUGGCGCUGGUGAUCACAAAGGUAUUUGGCUCGACCCUCGGAGCACCGAAGAGAUUCUAGCUGAUGAGCUACCAAACCCUGUUGAGCCUGACGCCAUGGAGAAGACUGCGAUCAGGUUGCGAUGCCUUAUAAAGCAGCUGGAGAAGGGGGAGGCAUCUGUGGUGGACCUGAAGAAAAAUCUGGAGUAUGCUGCCUCAGUCCUUGAAUCUCUGUACACAGAGGAAACCAGGCGGCUGAUGGAUACAGAGGAUGAGCUGAGUGACAUCCAGUCAGACUCAGUGCCAUCAGAGGUCCGGGACUGGCUGGCUUCCACAUUUACCAGGCAGAGGGGCCUGAAACUUCGCCGAAACGAAGACAAGCCACGCUUCCGCAGCAUUGUCCAUGCAGUGCAGGCUGGCAUCUUUGUGGAGAGGAUGUACAGACGAACUUCCAACAUGGCUGGUCUCAAUUAUCCACCCACUGUCAUCACUGUGCUCAAGCAUGUGGACAUGUGGUCGUUCAAUGUGUUUGCACUGAAUGAUACUAGUGGAGACCACGCACUGAAAAUUGUCUUCUACGAGCUCCUCACCAGAUAUGACUUGAUCAAUCAUUUCAAGGUCCCAGUUUCUGCUCUCAUAUCAUUUGUGGAUUCAUUGGAGGUUGGCUACAGCAAACACAAAAACCCAUACCACAACCUGAUGCAUGCUGCUGAUGUUACACAGACCAUACAUUACCUGCUUCUCAAGACUGGUAUUGUGCACUGGCUAUCUGAGUUGGAAAUCUUUGCCGUAAUUUUUGCAGCUGCCAUCCAUGACUAUGAACAUACAGGGACAACCAAUAAUUUUCAUAUCCAGACAAGGUCAGACACAGCAAUGCUGUACAACGACCGAGCUGUUCUGGAGAACCACCAUGUCAGUGCUGCCUAUCGUCUUCUACAGGAUGACGAUGAAAUGAACAUCCUUUCUAAUCUUUCCAAAGAUGACUGGAGAGAACUGCGUAAUUUGGUGGUGGAGAUGGUGUUGGCCACUGACAUGUCUUGUCACUUCCAGCAGGUCAAAGUGAUGAAAAGCCUCCUGCAGCAGCCUGAGACGAUUGACAAACCAAAGGCCUUAUCGCUGCUACUGCACACAGCUGACAUCAGCCACCCUGCCAAACAAUGGGACCUCCAUCAUCGCUGGACCACAUCUCUGCUGGAGGAGUUCUUCAGACAGGGUGAUAAAGAAGCAGCGCUUGGUCUACCGUUUUCCCCUCUCUGCGACCGCAAAUCCACCAUGGUGGCCCAGUCCCAGAUCGGAUUCAUUGACUUCAUUGUGGAGCCAACAUUCUCCGUCUUGACAGAAAUGAUGGAGACAAUUGUGACACCGCUUAUUGAAGAGGCAUCUCGCUCUGGAAUGGAUGGCUUCAGACGCUCAAGUGUCAACAGUGUUAGUGGCAGUGAUGGAAAGCAUUCCUGUGUGAAAAGUACAGGCUCCGAGGGCAGCUGCUCUCUGACCGCAGUGGACUUCAAGAGCUUCAAGGUCACAUGGAUCCGAGAGAUUCGUCAAAACAAGGAGACAUGGAAAGCCCUGGCAGCCAAAGACCAGAGCGAAAGUGCCACAAAGGAGGAAGAGGACAGUGGCAAGGAAGAAAAUGAGGCAGAAGAGAAGAAAGAGUCAGAGAAAAAUGUUGACAGAGCCAAGACUGGAGAGGAGGAGAUAAAAACAGAUGUGGACAAGCAAGAGGAGAACAGGAGGGAGUUGGAGGAGCAACGGCCUGAAAAGGAGGGAGGACACAAUAAUUUGACUGACGGCCAUCGAGGGACGAAGCAGAGGCAAAGUCAGAAUGACAUUCAGCCUGAUUGCCCUCUGAUCCAUUUCUACAAGAGACCGAGCUACUGUGUCAGCUCCUACCUGCUGGUCAGUUCAAAGGUCAAUGAGAUAUGGCCCAUUGAUGCUCGGGGAAAAGCCAGGAGACUGCAGCGUAUCUCCCUGCGUCGCCGAAAGUGACUGUGUAGUCUACAGUUGGACAUGAGUGUGAUAUUAUCCCAUGAUAAUCAGUCUUUGUUUAUAUUUGCAUUUAGGAGCCUUGUAUUCUAGCUUAUCUUCAGCUUGAUUUUUUCAAAGUAUUUUUUAUUUUUUUGGCCUUUUAUGGCUUUAUUGAUAGAGUAGCUGAAUAGGUGAUAGGAAAUAGGAUGAGAGAGAGGGGGAGUGCCAAGCAGCAAAGGGCCCCAGGCCGUGAGUGGAAACCAGGUCCGCUGCAGCAAGGACAAAGCCUCUGGACAUGGGAUGCCGCUCUACCAACUGAGCUAAACGGCACCCCAACUUUGGCUUAAUUUCAAUCUGGUAGUGGUCACUAUUGCUUGCUGCCACAUUGUUGCCUCUCGUCUCUCCUCUUUAGCCUCGACAAGGCUUCCUUAAUGUGCUCCAAGAGAAGAUUUGUAUGAUUAAUUUUGUCAUCAUAUAUUUUGUUUAACUAUUUUAAAGUGUAUUAUUUUAUUUGUAUUGUAUAUAUUUAUAAGCAUUUGCAUUGAUUCUACUGCUUGUCUUUGUCCAGCACAUGUAUGUGUUCUAAGCAGUACUGUUGUCUUUUUACAGCUCAUUUUCAUUGUGUUAUUUUGAUCAAUUUGGUCAAUAUGUUAUGUUAAGUGUGUUGAUAAAUAAAAGAUUACGUUAUAA